CGCUGUCACUACAUGUAAUUUUCCACCAUGGAUUCAGAAGCGGUUUUGUUGCUAGAGACUGUAAAUUUUGCCGCAGAAAAACAUCGUAACCAGCGACGUAAAGACGCAGACGGAACUCCGUACAUUAAUCACCCCAUCGGAGUAGCAAGAAUCCUCAGCCAUGAGGGAGGCGUCACAGACAUUGAGGUUUUGCAAGCUGCUCUGCUACAUGACACAGUGGAGGACACAGACACCACUCCUGCAGAGCUCGAAGCAAAGUUUGGACCGACCGUUGCUCGUAUCGUUGAGGAGGUGACGGAUGAAAAAAGUCUGCCCAAACAGGAGAGGAAGCGUCUGCAGGUGGAACACGCACCUCACUGCAGCCGCCAAGCCAAACUGGUCAAACUGGCUGAUAAACUGUACAACCUGAGGGAUCUGAACCGCUGCACACCUGUCGGUUGGACAGCUCAGCGGGUCCAGGAAUAUUUUGUGUGGGCCAGUGAGGUGGUGAAAGGCCUGAAAGGAACCAACCCAGUUCUGGAGGAGAAGCUGGAGGAGCUGUUCAGACAGAGAGGAGCCCAGUUCUGAAAACAUCGCCACAACACAGCGCAGAACAGACUAUUUAAAUUACAAGUACUGUAUAUCACCUUUUCAUUUAUAAAAAAAUAAAUCAAUUUUCAUAUAAA